UGUUGUGACGUGAAUAUUUUUAUUUUGCGAGAAAUAGUUCAUAUUUCAAAGUAUUUAAUUUAUGGAAUUCUUCUAAUUUUACAUAAUCUAAUUAAGAAUGAAUAAAAGCUUCAAGGAAUAUUCUAAAUUGGUCCAAGAACUAAAAAAGGAAUGUGCUGAACACGGCAUUAAUGAUGAGGAAUUUAAAAAACUUUACUUGGAGUCUUUAGAGUCAGUUAAUAGAAAUGAAAUACAAAAUAAGAACCGCAGUAAAAUUUAUGUGAAGAAGAGAAAAUUACUGUUAAUGCUUGUAUUACUUAUCCUUACUGCUUGUUCUUUUAAAUAUAUUUAUAACAAUGUCAUAUGCAACUUACAAGAAUUAAUUUAUCCUGGAUUAAGGCUGAUUAGGAAAAUGUCUAUACCUUUUAUUUCACUGUUUCCUGCAUUAACAGAAUUAUACCAGGAGCCUUGCUUGGUGCAGAACCCUUUUUUCACGGUAGUAGACAUGGAUUGCUGGCCGUGCAGUACAGUUGGUAAUGUUCACAAAGUGUUUGACCCUCAGCCUGUACAUCAACAGAAUUCAGCACCUUUUAUUUAUAAGAGUGAUCAACCAGAAGUUAAUUUGAAUGUACUGAGAGAUUUAUAUUUAAGAAAUAGAGAUACCUUUGACAAAGAGUCAUCUAAAAUUCUAAUGAACAAUCACCUCUAUAUAUCACCAUCACAAGUUUUAAUUCAAGAAGAAGCCAGCAACUUGUAUAUAUGGAAAAUAAAUAAUAUAAAUAUAGCAAGAAUCUUAAGACAAAUAAUACCGAGGUCAAAAGUAGUACCAAAAUUUGGUCAAAGCACAGAAAGAUACAUCAUAAUUGAUUCAAGUCAGACCUCAUUUAGAAUACCUGAUACAGAAUGUAACUUUGCUUUCUUAUUAUCUCUGAGUGGAAUGAGAACGGUGACUUUGAACCCUGCCGAGGAAUGCAAACAUCAAUGUAAAUCAUUGAAGGUUGAUUUAAAGGAAUCUGAUUUAUUAUGGUAUAAUUGGUGGUACUGGAGACCAAUAGUUCAACAAUCAAACGAUAAUACUACAUUUAUUGCACAUGUUGGAUCAUAUUGCUGAAAUUACACCGAGGAGAGUUUGUAACGUUCACGUUCCGGUGCGCCUGAUCGUUUAUAUUUCGUAAAAUGGAUGAGGGAAGGGAGUCGCGACGCCCGUCGCCCGUCGCCCGCCAACGCCGCGCCGGGCCACGGGUCGUGUUCGCGCCAGACGGCAGACGCAGACGCCAAACGGACGUAUACCGUGUCGAAAGUGCAUUCGAGUAGCUCGUUUUUUCGUUCUUCCGUCGAUACAG